AUGCUAACAGUCGAGGAUCCACAAACUUGUCCUAUAUGCAAUGAGGACAUUCCAGCUGCAGAUAUCAGUCAACAUGUGAACAAUCACUUGGAUCAGAGGCCUGCACCAACAAAGGGAUCCAAUGGCGGUCAACUCAAACAAGCUACUAUAUUCGGUGCAUCAUCGGUCCCUAAACCAGCUUCUGGAUCUAGUAAGACUCCUACGGCAUCUUCGCAGAAACGUAAACGGGAACAAUCAACGAUCACGAGCAACGUUAGCCCAGUAUCAUCGUCGAAUCUCCAACCACCACCACCUCCAGCUUUGGACGAUAUCGAAUUCCCAUCUUCGAAACGUACGGCUCAACAAGGGCCAGCUCAGCACAAGUCUGGCGCUCCGUUGGCAGAGUUGGCAAGGCCAUCUGAUCUCUCAUCGUUCUUUGGACAGCAACAGGUCUUGGGAGAAAACAAACUCCUUCGAAACCUCAUCGAGAGUGGACGUGUGCCGUCGCUCAUAUUAUGGGGUCCUCCUGGUUCUGGUAAGACUACGUUAGCCAGGAUCAUUGGUAAAAAGACAGGCGGCUUCUACAAGGAAAUGUCGGCUGUUCAACAUAAUAUUAGUGAUGUCCGUUCCUUUAUUGAUCAGAGCCGUAAUCAUCAAGCUUUACUGCCUGGCCCGAAGCCAGUACUGUUCCUCGACGAGAUCCAUCGAUUUACAAAGGCACAACAAGACGUGUUGCUACCCGCAGUGGAGCAAGGGUCUUUUACUUUAAUAGCAGCGACAACGGAAAAUCCUUCUUUUCGAGUGAACAACGCCUUAUUGUCUCGAUGCAGAGUAUUUGUGCUGGAGCGACUUGGUGACGAGGACCUUGUGCCUCUUCUCAAGAGAGCGGCAAGAAUAAAACUAGGUCUGCCAAAUACUACUGCAAAAACAACCGGAGAAUCGUCCGAUCAAAACACGUCAGAUCAAGAUAUUGAUGGUUUAGUUGGGCCAAUCGCAAUACCGCUUGAAGUCUUUCAGUACCUUGCUAGGAUGUCUGAUGGUGAUUCUAGAGUGGCCAUCAAUGCUCUUGAAAUGGCGCUUGAUGCCGUCAAGACAGAAGACGUUGAGAGUCCUCAAGUAUCUGUAUCAUCAGUUAAAGAAGCUCUCAACAAGGUUCAUUUGCAGUACGACAAGGAUGGUGACAAUCAUUACGACUUGAUAUCUGCACUUCACAAGAGCAUGCGAGGCUCAGAUGCUGAUGCAGCCCUCUAUUGGUUUGGACGCAUGAUAUAUGCUGGGGAAGAUCCAAUAUAUAUUGCUCGCAGACUCGUGAGGUUUGCAUCAGAAGACAUUGGAGUAGCUGACUCUAGUUGUCUUCAAGUCGCCAUGGCGGCACUUCAGGCAGCUCAAGUUAUUGGUAUGCCAGAAUCGGAUUGCAUUCUAGCCCAUGCUGUCGUUCAUCUGGCCAGAGCACCAAAAAGCAUCGAAGUGUAUAAAGCCUUGAAGCUAGUAAAACAUACGGUAGAGAAUGAGCCUGCUUUGCCAGUACCUUUGCACAUAAGGAAUGCUCCUACUCGUUUGAUGAAAGAUUUGAAAUACGGGGAGGGUUAUGUAUAUACGCCAGACGCACCUGAUGUUCACCAGGACUUUCUUCCCCCACAGCUCUCAAGGAAGAAGUUCCUUGGAGUCGAGUAA